UCUCUCUCUCUGUUUGCCGCAUAGUUUCGUUCUUAACAGCGUAGUCUCAUUUGUGUUUCUAAUUCCACUGGGUUUUGGGUCUUCGUUCUUCUCUUCUUCUUCUUCUUCUUUAUCUUUUCAUGCAGGGUACACGCACACACAUAUAUAUUAUAUAAUAGCUUGAAGGGUACCCCUCAGAGACAAAAAAAAAAGAGAAAAGAAAUACCUUGUUUGGGACGGAAUUCCCAUAAACCAGAGUGCUGCGUAUAAGAAUUCCUCAAAUGGGAUUUGAUUUGAUUUUAUGUUUUUGCUGAUACUAAGAAAAACCCAGAAACUGUGGAUAUAUUACCAGAAUAAAAAUAGAAGGAGAGCUGUAUGAAGAAAAGCAAUUAGUGAAACAAUGAGAGAUGGGAAUUCAAAGAAAAGCAAGCUUUCUUGGUCAAAAUCACUGGUUAGGAAAUUAUUCAAUAUCAAGAGCAAAACCGAGGAGUUUCAGGCAGAUGAAGUUGUUUAUGGGGGUGGUGAUGUUGAAUGGGGAAAUAGCUUCUCAGAGAGGGAGCCAUGUACAAUUAAGAAAAGCAGAACAGAAAAAUUAAGCAAGAAUACUGAACGUGCCCGGCGAGGGAGAGCUGAUCUUGAUCAUCCUCAAAUUAUAAAUGUGCAGAACUAUAGCAUUUUUGUGGCUACUUGGAACGUGGGCGGAAAAUCACCAUCAAGUAAUUUGAAUCUUGAUGAUUUUCUGCAUUCCUCACCUCCUGCAGACAUUUAUGUUCUUGGAUUUCAAGAAAUAGUUCCUUUGAAUGCUGGAAACAUUUUGGGUUCUGAAAAUAACGGUCCUGCGAGAAAAUGGUUCUCUUUAAUUCAAAAAACGCUAAACAAUCUUCCUGGAACUAGUGGAGGUAGUGGGUGCUAUACACCUUCUCCUAUCCCCGACCCAAUUGCAGAAUCAGACGCAGAUUUUGAGGGAUCAAUGAGGCAGAACACAUCCUUCUUCCACCGUCGAUCAUUCCAGACACCGUGCAGCUGGGGAACCGAAAACGAUUCAGUCUCACAGCCCCGGCUUGAUCGACGAUACAGUGUUUGUGAUCGGGUAAUCUUUGGUCAUAGGCCAAGUGACUACGACCCCAAUUCCAGAUCGAGUCACAGGCCAAGUGACUCUUCGUGGAGUCACAGACCUAGCGAUGCUUCCUGGGGUCACAGACCAAGUGACCAUUCAUGGGGUCACAGGCCAAGUGACUAUUCAAGAUGGGGUUCAUCAGAUGAUGAUUAUUGGCCCGGGGAUUCACCUAGCACUGUGUUAUUCUCACCAAUGUCUAAUGCUAUACCAAUGGAAGAUGGGUAUAGAGUGCCGGGGCAUCCAAGGUACUGCUUGGUUGCGAGUAAGCAAAUGGUUGGCAUUUAUCUCACAAUAUGGGUUAAGAGUGAUCUGAGGGAACACGUUCGCAACAUGAAAGUAUCUUGUGUUGGCAGAGGAUUGAUGGGCUACCUUGGAAAUAAGGGAUCCAUUUCAGUCAGCAUGUUGUUACAUCAAACGAGCUUUUGUUUUGUCUGUAGUCAUUUGACCUCAGGACAGAAGGAGGGGGAUGAGCUACGUAGGAAUUCUGAUGUCAUGGAGAUUCUAAGGAAGACGAGGUUUCCAGGAGUCCAUAGCAUGGGUGAUGAGAAGUCCCCAGAAACAAUCCUUGAACAUGAUCGAAUUAUUUGGCUCGGGGAUCUGAAUUAUCGAAUUGCCAUGUCUUUCCGGUCUGCUAAGGCACUUGUUGAGAUGCAAAAUUGGAGGGCAUUGUUAGAGAAGGACCAGCUACGGAUAGAGCAGAGACGGGGGCGUGUUUUCCAUGGAUGGAACGAAGGAAAGAUAUAUUUCCCACCAACAUACAAGUACUCAAAUAAUUCAGAUAGAUAUGCAGGGGAUGAUAUGCACCCAAAGGAAAAACGAAGAACACCUGCAUGGUGUGAUCGAAUCUUGUGGUAUGGAGGGGGCCUUCAACAAGUGUCCUAUGUCCGUGGAGAAUCUAGGUUCUCAGAUCAUAGACCGGUUUAUAGCAUAUUUUGGGCCGAGGUUGAGUCCUACCAAGGUCGAUUUAGGAAAACCAUGAGUUGUUCUAAUUCCAGAAUUGAGGUGGAGGAGCUGUUAUCAUACUCCAAUGGAUACACCGAACUGUGCUUUUUCUGAAAGAUGGGGAGAACCGAUAGGUAUCACAUUCGGGACUCUGCAAAUAUGCUCGUAGAUGCUUCACAUUAGCCUCUAAUUGAUUUGUUUCCACAUUAGGAAUUGUUUUGAAGAUAUUCAGCCUUCAAGGAUGAUGCAGACAUGUCUGUUGCCCACUACCCCAAAAAAGUUUAUAUAUUUGCAAAUUUGCAGACUAACUUCACAUGACCCCGAUUUGGUGUACUUAUUCAUCGCGAUUUGUUCAUUGACCAACAAUUACAAUUGAAUUAGCUGAUUACAAUAUUCCUACUUCGUGGUGUGCUAAUGUUCGGGACAAGAAAUUUUCUUCUGCAUACCUUUAGGAUGAACUCAAACCAAUCAAGCACUUCCAAGUGGGUAAAUCAGGAUUAGUUUUUUUUUUUUUUUUGUUGAGAUUCUUUAUUUGUUUGAGAAAGCAAAAUAGAUGGUGAAAAUAAUUAUUUCAUUUGUAUGUUGCCUUUUUGUUUUUAGAUCAAGGGAUGAGAAGUAAAGAAGUGAUGUAUAUACAAUGAUUGAUAUAUAGAAAGAUACAAAAUUGAAGUUAAUACAUAAAAGUCAUUUGUUCUGUUGUUGCCUA